CUUCGCGGGUGUCUGCUAGAUUACUGACCGGGCACUUUCGCUCUCAUGCUGGAUUGAGGUACGAGAUUCCUCCACGCUAGCGCACACGGUAGGAUGGGCCAAAUCACUGCAACUGUAUAAAAAGGGCCUUUGGACGGAGAGAGGCAGUGUGUCAUCCACGAACAGCAUCGUCUCAUCCACAGACAGCAUCGCAAAAUAAGAAAAAACAACCCCGCGGAGUUAUCAUGAGUCGAAGCCCAGAAAGGAUGUCCUCCUACCGUCGCCACUUCGAGGGCGCUCUAUCUGCCUCUUCCUCUCUCCAGGUGCGCGUGUCUAGCCCGUCUCCAACGCGCCGGGACAACCGUACUCGCUCCGCCAGCUUCAACCGCAGCGGCACCAUGGGACGGAGAGCGGUGUCCGGCUCCCGCCGAGCCCACAUGACCGGUGGUGCCAGCAUGGGUACACUUUGUGUUGGCAUGGGACUUAUGGAUCUGGAUACCGCGGUUGCUGAUAACCAGGCCUUCCUGAGCACCCGCACCAGCGAGAGGCAGGAGAUGAUCACCCUCAAUGACCGUCUGGCUAAAUAUAUUGAGAAGGUGCGCACCCUGGAGUCCCAGAACAAGCUGCUGGAGGCAGAGAUCGACGCUCUGCAGAACCGCUACACCAAGCCCUCAGGCCUGCGCAUGCUGUACGAGGAGCAGCUCCGUGAGAUGAAGAGGGUGGCCGACCAGAUGAGGGCUCAGAGGGAUCUAUCUUUUGCUGCUAAGGAUGCCAUGGCUGGUCAGUUGGAGAUGUUUAGGGUCAAGUACGAAGAGGCUGUGGAGGCCAGGAAGAAGGCUGAGAUGGAUAUUGAAGCAUUCCGUCCGGAUGUUGAUGCUGCGACAGCUGGCCGCAUUGCCCUGGAGAAACAGCUGGACAACCUGCAGCGUGACCUGGAGUUCAUACAGAGGGUCCACAAGCAGGAAAUCGAAGAGCUGAUGGCUCAGAUCUACAGUGGCAUGUCUACAGUGGACGUGGCGUAUUCACUGCCUGACCUAGGGUCUGCGCUCAAGGACAUCCAAGCACAGUACGACAGCAUCGCUGCCAAGAACCUACAGGAAAUGGACGCUUGGUACAAGGACAAAUUCCAGGACAUGAAUAGUUCGACAUCGAGGCAUGUGCAAUCAGUGCGGGGCGUGAGACAGGAGAUCACAGGGGUUAAGAAAGAUAUUCAGAACAAGGAGCGUGAACUAGAGGCUUUGAAAACUAGAAAUGAGGCGCUGGAAGCUCAGAUCCGUGAGGCCCAGCUACGCCACAAGAAGGAGGAAGAGGACCUCCUUGCCAAAAUCGAGGCUCUGAAGCUGGAGCUGCGGUCCAUCAAGACCAAGAUUGCCACAAUGCUGAAAGAGUACCAGGACCUCCUCAACAUCAAGAUGGCCUUAGAAAUUGAGAUCACCACCUACAGGAAGUUGAUUGAAGGUGAGGACAGUCGUCUGAACACCAUGGUGCGUGGCAUGUCUCUCAUGAGCAGUGGCAUGAGUGGCAGUAUGGGUGCUGGCAUGGGUGGCAGUGGGAUGAGUGGUGGUGUCAUGAAUGGCAGUGCUAUGAGUGCAGCUAUGGGCACCAUGAGUGCCAGUGGUAAAAGUGCCAGUGCCAUGAGUGCUAGCAUGGGCGCUGGCAUGGGCACUAAUGUGGCGGGGGGCAUGGGGGCCAGUAUGAGUGCUGCCAUGAGCGCCUCAGCGGCCGGCUUCAGCUCCAACGGGGGCGGCUCUGCCAUGGAGAUGGCUUCCAAGACCAUGUCCUCGUCCAAUGGGAAGUCCACGAUGGUGUCCUCGUCCAAUGGGAUGUCUAAGACCGUGUCGUCCUCCGGUGGGUUGAUGUCGAUGUCAGCCAGCUCAGAGUUCUCCGAGGAGCAGGCGGUGGAGAUGACGGAGAGGAAGACCGUUCUGAUCAGAACAGUUAGGACUGAUGAGGACGUGCUACAGAGUGACACACAGGAACGCACCUUUAAAAUCUCCGGAGCAGCUGACGACCUGUAG